UCUGUUCAAGAACUCCGGCCUCCUCGUUCUACGCAUAUCAGAUUGAAUGUGUGUCCUGGAAUUAUAAUCAUGCAUUUGCCGGACCUUUCAAAUCGUAGUUCCGAUGUCCGGCUUCACAAUUUGUACUCUUCCGUUCGUAACAUGAUCUCGCUGUAUGCCAACUUGUAUAAGAAUGGAGCUGAUGAGCCGAGUGUCGUGUCUUCACUCACUCUUCAAAUCAUCCAAGUGAAUAUCUAAUAUCCAUCGAACGCCAUGGCAGCUCCAUUCCCAUCUCCAACAUCGACAUGGCACUCGAAUACCUACCCGACCUUAUCCCCAACCCGUCCCGAGCUCUCUGCCAAGGGCAAGACCGUUCUGAUCACCGGGGGAGGUACUGGAAUCGGUGCAGAAACCGCCGUAUACUUUUCAGAGGCCGGUGCAUCUCGGCUUGCUCUUUUGGGCCGCCGAGAGCAGCCUCUGAUGGACACCAAGGCCUCUCUUAAGCAAAAGUUCCCCCACGUCGAAGUCUUCAUUGCUCCCACGGACAUCACAAACAAGAAAGAAGUGGACAAAGCCUUUGAAACUUUCCUCGGGAAUGGCAAGCUUCAUGUCUUGGUCAGCAAUGCGGCAACCAUCGGGCCUCAGGACAGUGUGGAAGAUGUGGAGAGCGAAGCCUUUAUGGAAACUAUUCACCAGAACGUGAAAGGAUCGCUUCUCAUCGCCCAGGCUUUCCUUCGAUACGCUGCCUCAGAUGCAGUCGCUAUCGAGACCAAUUCAUCGGCGGCACAUGUGAACUUCGGCUCCAAAUUUGCUGCCUAUACCAUUGCCAAAUUGGCAGUAUACCGACUCUGGGAUUCCCUGGCUUCUGCGAACCCGAAUCUCAGCAUCUUCCAUGUCCAGCCCGGUGUAGUGGACACUGCAAUGAACAAAGAGGCAGGAGGGGUUGCGGCUCUGGGUAUAGAAGAUCACGGUAAGUAAAAAGGUGCUCAUUGAAGGGGGUAUCAAUGCUGACUUCA